AUGCGGCAGAAGCGUGCCAAGUCGUACCGGCGCCUAUUGCACCAGUAUGUGCUGCACUACCGCUUUCGCGAGCCCUUUCAAGUUCUCAUCGAUAACACGUUCGCCGAGUCGCUCGUGCGGUACCAGGUGCAGGAGCCUACCAAGCAGCUGAGCCAGGUGCUGCAGGGCAAGGUGAAGCCCAUGAUUACUCAGUGCUGCAUGGCAGCGUUGUACCACGCAGAGAAGGAGUCGGAGGGCGACGACGUCCCGCGCGUCCGGGCCGCCAUUGCGCUGGCCAAAACGUGGGAGCGCCGCAAGUGCAAUCACCGCGAGGCACAGCCGCCGAGCGACUGCCUGGCGUCGGUCAUUGGGCCUGAAAACCAGCACAGGUACAUGCUCGCUGCCGACGAUGCCGCAGUGCGCCGCGCGCGGCGUCGCGAGGUGCCAGGCCUACCAAUCCUACACUAUGCCCAGAGCGUGCUGAUCCUCGAGCCUAUGAGCGAUGUGACAGAGCGGCACAUUGCGCACCUGGAGGCGAGCAAGUCGGCGAUCAGCGCCAAUGAGCAGCGCCUGCUCGCACACUCAGAUACGGCGCCGCAGGCGCCAGCCCCUGCGCCCGUAAAGCGCAAGCGCGCCAAGGAACCGAAUCCUCUGAGUGUCAAGAAGAAAAAGGCCGCGGCACCCCCCACCGCACCGCCCGAGCCCGAUACGGCGGCCGGUGGCCACCGCCGGCGCCACAAGAAGCGCGGGCGCGGAACGCAGGCGCCUACUGUACCAUAG